AUGGAAGCAGGAUGGUGCUUACCAAAGCUUACCUCAGAUAUGUACAAUCUCCCUGUUUUGGCGUUGUUUCCAGCUUGAAAGCGAAUAUUGUGUUUGUUAGGAGAAGAAUUAACACUACAAGUAAUCAGAUCUCACUGUACGCGAUUUGUCCGGCGUUGGAGAAUGUCAUAAUUUGGGAUGUUAGACGAGGAGAAAAGGUUUCUGUGCUGGCUGGAGAAAAACAUGAAGUCACUGCUCUACAAGUUAGUCCUGAUCAUCAAGGUUUGGCUGUUGGAUAUGAAGAUGGGUCAAUCAGGCUGUGGAAGUUACAAGACAACACUUGUCAAGUAACAUUCAGUGGUCAUAAGUCAGCAGUGUCUGUUCUGAAGUUUGAUGAUGCAGGAGGAAGACUUGUCUCGGGAUCAAGGGACACUGAUGUUAUAGUUUGGGAUACUGUCAAUGAAGCUGGUCUUUACCGCUUCAAGGGACACAAAGGGCUAAUAACAGAAUGUUAUUUCAUGAAAAGUCAGAAUGUUCUGAUAACUAGUUCCAAAGACAGUUUUGUAAAGUUCUGGGAUCUUGACACUCAACACUGUUUUCUUACACUUGUUGGUCACCGCAGUGAGGGAACUCAGCUUUCUUGUACACUGAUUGGCACAAUUUUCCGUCAUAGCCAUGAAAGAGUGGUGUCAAUUAAGUCUGACUCAUCACAGACAUUCCUUGGCUGCCUUGGCAAUGAUUCACAGUUGGAAUUGUUCAAAACAUUAAACGAUGAAGAAAUACAGAAACACCUACAAAAGAAACUUAAGAGACUAAGAAAGAAAGCUAGGAAAGAAAAUAAUGAUCAGAAAUUAGAAACAGACCUCGAAGCCACAAGAACAGUAGAGGACGAACUUCAAAGAGUACAUUCCCUGAAACUCCGUUCAAAGAUCAACGUGGGUUUGCAUCUGGUAGUGGAGAUUCUACUGUAAAGUUUUGGGAAUUUGAACUUGUAUCAGAUGCUGAGCACUCUCAAGUCAGUAAGAGAUUGAGCGUCACUCAUCUGCAAACCUUGAAAAUGAAGGAAGAGGUGUUAUGUGUCAAAUACAGUCCUAAUCAAAGAUUGCUGGCUGUGAGUCUUCUUGAUUGUACAGUCAAAGUAUUUUUUGCUGAUACGUUAAAGUUCUUUUUGUCUUUGUAUGGACACAAACUCCCAGUUAUGGCUUUGGACAUUUCAUCAGAUAGCAACUUGAUCAUCACAGGAUCCGCUGAUAAGAAUAUUAAGAUUUGGGGGUUGGAUUAUGGAGACUGCCACAAGUCCAUAUUUGGACAUGAUGACAGUAUCAUGGGAUUACAGUUUGUCCCCAAGACUCAUUAUUUUUUCUCAGUUAGUAAGGACAAGACUUUGAAAUACUGGGACGCUGAUAAGUUUGAACACAUAACAACUCUUCAGGGCCAUCAUGCGGAAGUCUGGUGCGUGGCUGUUAGUCCAGACGGAGAUUACGUGGCGACGGGUUCUCACGACAGAUCUCUUCGGCUGUGGGAGAGAACAGAUGAACCACUGUUUAUUGAAGAAGAACGAGAACAGGAGAGAGAGAAAGAAUACGAAGAAAGUCUUGUGCAGAAUACAGAGAGAGUGAUUCCCGGGGAGGUAGACGGAGAAGCCGUCAAGGCUGGAAAGAAGACAAUAGAGACUGUGAAGGCGGCGGAAAGAUUAAUGGAGGCUAUUGAUCUGUAUAAUGAAGAAACGGCUAAAAUGAAAGAACAAGGUGGUGGUCGUGACCAGGUGUCUACCAAUCCAAUUCUAAUUGCGCAUGGGAAUAUUACGCCUGCUCGUUACGUUCUGGAAGUCGUGAAGAAGAUCCGUUCAAGUGAAUUAGAAGAGUCUCUGAUAGUCCUGCCGUUCAGUGUCGCUACUGAUAUGUUGACUUUGCUGAACCAUUGGCUCCAGCGCGGCUGGGAGGUUGAACUUUCAUGUAGAUGCCUCUCGUUUCUUUUAAGGAUUCACCAUAGCCAGAUCGUAGCAAACAAGGUUCUUGUGCCAGUGAUUGAUUCCCUUCGGCAGCAUGCUAAGUCACGUGUGCAUGGUCUGAGGGACACCAUUGGUUUUAACUUGGCUGGUCUGCGUUUCAUUCAAAACGAGAUGGAAGCUAGAGAAGAGACGUUUUUUGCAGACGCGACGGAAAAAGUGAAAAAGAUUCGGAAGAAACAGAAAUCGUCUUUCGUUCAAGUUGUGAAGUAGCUUAUGUUGCCUUGCUCUUUAAAUUCUUAAAUGAACACUUUUGAAACGAGCUGGAACACAGACAUCGUUAGGCCGUUUGAAAUACUACUCGUAACGAAAAUUGGUUAUCCAAAAAGUAGGAACUGAAGACAGUACCUUGAUAACGCACAGGAAAAUGUAUGGCAAAAACGCACAAGAGAAACGCACAGGAAAGGAACGCGACACUGUUGCGAUUGGUUUUAGUCUUGCAAAUGGUUUUAGAAAGGAUGCACAAGUUUUUCAGACAAAUCUCUGAGCGAUGCUAAGAAAAAGCAAUGCCAGCUGAGAUAACUUUCGAUUCUCUCUUGGAAGUUGUGCUCAUGCUUUCUAAGAGGGUCAGUGCGGCGAAUCCAUGAAGCUUAUUGCCAACCGUUGGGUGGAAAAAUAAAAUUCAAAUUUCAUUCUUGA